AUGGCUCUGGGCCUGGGCAAUGCCCAGGCAGCGGGCCUUCGACGAAAGCAUGGAUCAGGAGGUGCCCAGCUCUACCUCCAGCGUUAUGGGUACUUGAAGGAGACCAACCCCGUGGGGCAGGUGAAGCUGGAGACCCCCCUCAAGGCAAUGCAGAAGCGACUGGGCUUGCCAGAGACGGGGCACCUGGAUGCCACCACCCUCGCAGCCAUGCGGGCUCCCCGCUGCGGAGUCCCAGAUGUCGGGCAUUUCCAGACGUUCCAGGGAGACCUCAAGUGGGACCACACCAACCUCACAUACCGGGUGGUAAACUACUCUCCUGACAUGGACGGCUCCAUCAUCGAAGACGCCUUUGCCAGAGCCUUCAAGGUGUGGAGCGAAGUGACGCCCCUCACCUUCACGCGCCAGGAGAGCGGGGAGGUGGAUAUUCUCAUCCAGUUUGGCACAGGAGAGCAUGGCGACGGAUACCCUUUCGAUGGCAAGGAUGGCCUUCUCGCCCAUGCCUUCCCUCCUGGCAAAGACCGGUACAGCGGGGACGCCCAUUUUGAUGAUGAUGAGUUCUGGACGCUGGGCACGGGUGCCGUGGUGAAGACUUACUAUGGGAACGCCAAUGGGUCUUCCUGCCACUUCCCCUUUACCUUUGGGGGGAAGACCUACUCCUCCUGCACUCCUGACGGGCGAGAGGACGGGCUGCCUUGGUGCGCCACCACCCCCAACUUUGACCAGGACAAGCUGUAUGGCUUCUGCCCCAGUGAAUACCUCUUCACCUUCGAUGGGAACAGCCAUGGCGAGAAGUGCGUCUUCCCCUUUGUCUUCAGCGGCAAAUCCUACAAGGGCUGCACCACCGAUGGGCGCACGGAUGGCUACCGCUGGUGCGCGACCACUGACAACUUUGACCAGGACAAGAAAUACGGCUUCUGCCCCAAUAGAGACACGGCCGUGAUUGGAGGGAAUGCCCAGGGCGAGCCCUGCUCCUUCCCAUUCAGAUUCCAGGGCCAGAUGUACAGUGGCUGCACCUCCGAGGGACGGGCCGAUGGGAAGCUCUGGUGUGCCACCACCGGCGACUACGAUGCAGACAAGAAGUGGGGCUUCUGCUCUGACCAAGGCUACAGCCUCUUCCUGGUUGCUGCGCAUGAAUUCGGCCACUCUCUGGGCCUGGAGCACUCCAGCAUCCGAGAAGCCCUCAUGUACCCCAUGUACAGUUACCUGGCUGACUUCCACCUGCACUCCGACGAUGUGGCCGGAAUCCAGUUUCUCUAUGGUCGAGGAUCAGGCCCUCGGCCCACGGUGCCCAGCCCCCCCCCACAGACCCCCACGGAAGCUGGCUUUGAGGCGGAGGGCGAAAUCCAGAAGGCGCUGCACCUCUUCCAGGCUGGGCAAUACUGGCGAAAAUCAGCCACUGGGGCCGGGCCCCUUGAGGGCCCCCUGCAGAUCCAGAGCACCUGGCCGGCCCUCCCAGGUGUGAUUGAUGCGGCUUUCCAGGACGUUGUGACCAAGAAGCUCUUCUUCUUCUCAGGCCAGCGCUUCUGGGUGUACCAGGGGACGAAGGUGGUUGGCCCUCGGAGCCUUGACAAGCUGGGCGUCGGGAGGGAGGUGCGCAAGAUUGUCGGGAGCCUGCAGCGGAAGCAGGGCAAAGUCCUGCUCUUCAGCGGAGAUCAGUUCUGGAGGCUGGAUGUGAAAAAGGAGCAGGUGGAAAAGGGGUACCCCCGCCCCAUUGACAGCCUCUUCCCUGGAGUCCCCCUUGAUGCUAAUUUCAUCUUCCAGUACAAAGGAAAGUACCAUUUCUGCCGCAAUCCCUUCUGCUGGCGAAUGACCUCCCGCUACCAGGUGGACCGGGUGGGAUACCUGAAGUACGAUGUCCUGAAGUGUCCUGAUCAGUGAGGCUGGCCCAGGCCCACCUGGGGGCCCCCCGCUUCGAAAUGCCUCUGGACUAGGGGGUUUCGCUGCGCAGCUUUGACCCUCCCCGGCCAGCUGGCCAGGGCUGUUUUUCCGCUGGCCGGCCAGGCGCUCCCCGGUGCCCUCAGGGCUGCGGCACAGCUUGCCGAAGACUUGCUGGGAGCAGGGGAAGGACUGCGGCUGGGGCGAGGGGCAGUUCUCCCUGGCCGUGGUCCUGCUCCACCGCGCUGAUGGGAGCCCCCGGCCACAAGCACUCCUUCCACGCCUGCUGUCACUUGCAUGGGGAAGCAGCCAGUCAAGAAGCCAGUGGAAAUCUGGCCCAUUCAGAGAGCCUUCGCUGGGGGUGGGGGGAGAGGGGUCAACAUGCCAGGAAAAACCUUUGCUCUUUUGGAAGUCAAGUGUGGUUGAAGGGAUGGGGGAAGCCCUCGUCCCCUCCCCACUUUGCUCCGCCGCAAGGGCCGCUUCACAUUGGGGGGUGAGUUUGAGACACGGCUGAAAUUCCCCCAAGAAGCAAAAGAAGGCUGGCCUGGACUGCUCUAAUUCGACGCUGCGUGAAGGUUGAAUUCCCUUUGCCCAGCUUGCAAGAAGCUUCCAUUCCUUGUCUCUGCGGAAGUUGAGCAUGUGGUGUGCUUCCAGACUCGGUGCAGGGUUUACUUUUCUCUUGAUACAUCCCUUGAGGGCCGGCUUUCUCCCCCGUCUCCUCGUCACGGGAGACGAGCCCUAUCCGGGUUGCUUAGAGCGUCGCCUGUAGCGUUGUACUCUGGGCAGCGUAUAUCGUACCCUUUGAGUUCUUUUU